ACGCCACAACAAAUCCCAGCUAGAAAUUUUCAUUACUAAGCAGAGCCGGUAAAAUGCUGCACCAGGGCAUAAUCCUGCGCGAGGGACAUGUCACGCGAACCAUCUACAAUCUGAUCAAGGACAAACGCUAUGAGGACGUGGUCGAGUGUAUUGCGAGCUGCGGCGAGGCGGCCAAUACGCGAGCAGGUCUCUCCACGCUGGGCCAUUGCUACUAUCAUGCCCAGAAAUACGAGGAGGCGGCCAGCUGCUAUGAGCAGCUCUGCCAGCUGGUGCCCAAGGAGUCCAAGUACAGAUUCUACUAUGCGCAGUCGCUCUACCAGGCGGGCAUUUUUGCGGAGGCACUGCGUGUCCUGAAGCAGAUUGGUGACAAGGAGUCGGAGCUGCAUGAACUAUGCCUGCAGCUGCAGAGCGCGAUACUCUAUUCGAGUGAGGAUUAUGCUGGCGCCCAGAGCCUGCUCAAUCAGCGCGCCGGCGGCACUGCCGAUACGCUCAACGAUGAGGGCUGCCUGCUCUUCCAGGCGGAUGAGCACGAGGCGGCGGUGCAGCGUUUUCAGUCGGCUCUCCAGGUGGGCGGCUUCAAUCCGCUGGUGGCCUACAAUGUGGCACUGGCGCACUUUCAGCGCAAGCAGCGCGCCCAAGCCCUGGACUACACAUCGGAGAUUGUGGAGCGCGGCAUGCGCAAUCAUCCAGAGCUGGGCAUCGGUGCUCAGGUGGACACGGAUGGUAGCGCACGCAGCGUGGGCAAUCCCAUUACCAUGGCCUUGUCCGGAAUUACGCAGGCACUCAAUCUCAAGGCGGCCUUGGAGUAUCAGGAUGGCAAUGUGGAAGCGGCACGGGAUGCCCUGCUUGAUCUGCCGCCACGCGCGGAAAGUGAGCUGGAUCCGGUCACGCUGCACAAUAUGGCCCUGACCGAUGCCCAGGGCCCGGUUGCGGGCCUACGCAAAUUGGCGUUCCUGCUGCAGCUGGGUGCACCUGCCUGCCCCAAGGAGACUUUCGCUAACAUUCUGCUUACCUGCUGCAAGCACGAGCUCUACGAGACGGCCGCUGAUAUUCUGGCCGAGCACACGGACCUCACAUACAAGUAUCUAUCGCAGUAUCUGUACGAGCUGCUGGAUGCGCUGAUUACGGCUCAGACCAGUGGCGAGCUAGCCGAAAAGAAGCUGGGCACGCUCGCCUCCAGCUUGUCGGGUAAGCUGCGCAGCCUGGCCGCUCGGGUGCAGGAGGUGAGGGCUACUAGUGAGCAGCAGGCGCUAAGGGAUGCCCUCAAGGAUUACGAGCAGGCACUGGAGCUCUAUCUGCCCGUGGUCAUGGCACGUGCCUGGAUCUCUUGGCGGGAGGAUGACUUUCUGGGCGCCGAGCGUGAGUUUCGCUCCAGCGCAGAGUUUUGCUCCGAGAACGCCAUCUGCUCUGUGUGGCGCCUGAAUGCCGGCCAUGUGCUCUUCAUGCAGGACAAGUACAAGGAGGCGGCCGCCUUCUAUGAGCCCAUCGUGCGCCAGCACUCGGACGAUAUCAUGUCCGUGUCGGCAGCGGUGCUGGCCAAUUUGUGCGUCUCCUACAUUAUGACGUUCCAGAACGAAGAGGCUGAGGAGCUGAUGCGCAAAGUGGAGAACGCCGAGGAGCUGAAGGGUAAUCAGGGCAAGCAGUAUCAUCAUUUAUGCAUUGUCAACCUGGUAGUGGGCACCUUGUACUGCGCCAAAUCGAACUACGAGUUCGGGCUCUCGCGCAUCGCGCACGCCCUCGAGGGCGGCUCGGGCGCACGCCUUUAUGCGGACACCUGGCUGCAUGUCAAACGCUGUGUGCUUGGCCUUCUCACCGGCAUGGCCAAACAGAACAUUAUCCUGCCGUAUCCGGCCGUCCAGGAGGUGCUCAAUUUCCUAAAAUCCUGUGAAGCCUAUGGCCUGUUCACGCCAGCCAACAUUUAUGCGGCCACGGAGCAGCCACCCAGCGAGCCGCUCACCAUUGGACUAGAAGCCCGAAAACUCCGGCUGCUCUUGAUAAAGUUAAGCGAGUAUGAAAAUUAAUGAGAUUAUUUUUAGAACGUUAGUCAUCAAUCAGUCAAUUAAAAAACCUGCUAAUAAAGUUCUCGGUAGAU